UCUGCUCAGGGUCAACAAACAUCGAACAGAUAAACACGUGCACGCAUUGGUGCAAGUUUCAUCAGCAUAUACCAGAUACUUAUGCCCAAAAGAAAACAUUCUUAUGAGAAGUGAUAACAUAAUUUCAUUACAUAUUUGACAAUAAGUUUACAGACUGUGAGAGAUGUGAGCUGUGUGUCAGCCUGCCACAAACCCAACAUGACGGAGACAAACUUUAAAGUUGCCUUACUGUCUGGAGCAGCAGCUGGUGUUUCCGUAGACCUGUCACUGUUUCCAUUGGAUACCAUCAAGACCCGCCUGCAAAGCCAGCAAGGUUUCUUGAAAGCUGGCGGAUUCCGAGGAAUUUACUCUGGCCUCCUUCCUGUUGUGAUUGGAUCAGCACCUACAGCUGCUCUGUUUUUCUGUACAUAUGAGAUGACAAAGACAAUGAUAAGGAAUACCAUGGGUGAGAACUGGGCAACAGCAUCACACAUGAUGGGGGCCUCACUAGGGGAAGUGUCAGCCUGCUUACUCCGAGUUCCAGUGGAGGUUGUAAAACAGAGAGCUCAAGCCAAUCCAAAUCUGACAUCCAAGUCAAUACUUUUGUCCACGCUGAAACAUGAGGGAUUCCUAGGUUUGUUCCGUGGCUACUUUAGUACUGUGAUCAGGGAGAUGCCAUUUUCCUUCAUUCAGUUCCCUAUAUGGGAAUACCUUAAGUUGCGAUGGUCAACUUACCAGGGUAAAGCUGUAGACCCAUGGCAGUCUGCAUUAUGUGGUGCAAUGGCAG